AUGAGCCACGAAUUGUAUAAAGGUGAAGAUCAUACAACAAAAUAUCGUCUUUAUAGACCUAAUUAUCCGACAAAACUAUUUGACUAUAUUAUUGAUUACUAUUUUAACGAUAAAAAUACAAAGGAAAAAAUUCCACUUGCACUCGACAUUGGAUGUGGAAAUGGUCAAGCAACAGUAGAUCUUAGUUCAUACUGUGAACGAGUUAUUGGUAUUGAUGUUAGCGCAGAUCAAAUUGCUAAUGCAAUACCAAAAGAUAAUGUUGAAUAUCGAUGUUAUUCAGGUGAAAAUUUAUCUUUUCUUGAAUCAAAUUCAAUUGACUUAAUAACAAUUGCAACAACAUUACAUUGGCUUGAUCUAGAUACAUGUUUUGAAGAAAUUAAACGUGUACUUAAACCACAUACAGGUGUAUUAGCAAUAUGGACUUAUGUAUUUGGUUCAUUAGAUAAUCCAGCAGCUGAAGCUAUUUAUCAUGAAUUUCAUCAUCACUUUUUAUCACCUUAUUGGCAUCCGAAACAACAUUUAGUUCAUGAUUAUUAUGAAUCACUUAUACCACGUUUUCCAUAUAAUUCAACAUUACAUCAAUAUACAAUUGAAUGUUCACUUGAAACAACACUUAAAUCUUUUCUUGGUUUAAUUGAAACAGGAUCGGCUUGUCAAACAUAUCGGAAACAAGUUGGUGAACAGGCAUAUCAAGAUAAAUUAAAUACAUUACGUCAUCAAUUAAGUGAAUGUUAUAUUAAAACAGAAGUUAAAAAUGAUAAUGACGAUACUGUAGAUCUUGAUUCUAUUAAAGUAACUAUUGCACGACCAAUUCGUCUUUAUUUAAUGAGAAAAACAUAA